AUAGGUUGAACUGAUUAAGGCUAGUAAUUGUACUUGAAAGUAAAGGUAAAGCGACUUCACGUUCAAUGUUUACAUACAGUUUUUGGUGUAGUUAACACCUGAUCUAUUUAUAGAUACAACAUUUUAUAGUUUAUAAGUAAUGUUUUUAUUUUCCAUAAUCGUUCAAUUAUUUCACCAAUUACUGUUAGUCUAUGCUUCAACAGAAGAUGAUUACAGUAAUAAAUAUCAAUAUAUUGCUAAAAUUAUUAAUAAUAAAAAUGGUAAAGAGAUUAUCUGCUCUGGCACAGUCCUAACAGUUAAAAGGGUAUUGACUGUAGCUGAUUGCGUAAAUGGCCAGCCACUUAAUAAUCCCAGCGUUGUGGUGCAAUACGGUUUGGGAAAAGGCGCUCAAAACAGUAGUGUUUUACGAAUUCACUUCCAUCAUCAUUUCACAGAGCAAAGUCCCAUUUUGUGGCAUAUUUGCCUGUUAAAGCUUAAAUACGAUCUUCAAUUUGGAGGAACAAACAGUUUAGGAAAUUGGGUGAACAUAACAAAUGAUAUAAGAACAUCAAAAGAAAGGAUAAAAGUUACAGCUUUAAGUUUUGGAAGAAGAAGUGCCACAGACACAUAUGCAAAAAUGACCAAUAUCCUGCACUUGUUGCUGACAGUAAUGGAUGGUCCAUGUCCUUGCUUCACAAGGGAUGAAACGACACUAAUUUAUUGCAGUGAGAAACUGAAAUUGAAUGGACGAUGUGGUGAUGACUUUAGUGAUGCCGGAGGGCCCGUUUUUAAUAAAAAUGCAUUAGAAGGGAUAUUAUAUGCAUUAUACUCAGAUGAACUGUGCUUACCGAACAGGAUGGAAAAGACCCUAGCACCGUGCAAUGCUAACGGAUAUGCCGUGAUUAUACCAAUUUGUGUUCACAAAAAAUGGAUAUCAUCCAGGGUGCAGGUUAAACACAUAAGUUUCGAUGAUUCUUGCGCCAAAGGAAAUAAUGUUAAAAAACCAAAUGUUUUAAAUAUUAUACUCUUUUUCCUCCAAAGCCUAUUGAUAAAAUACUUAUAAAAACAGACUCCAACUGUAUUGUAUUAUUACUUCACAAUUUUUGUAUGUAUAAACAUUAGAAGCAGAAAAAGUAAAGCCAAAUCAAACUGAAAUGAACUAUGUAUAAAUAAAAGUACAGUUGUAAGAUGUCUUUUAAGUAAGGGAAACAAAAUUCUGGUUGAAGUCUGAACUAUCAAAUUAUAAAAGACAAAGUCAUCCCAGAAGGUGCAAAAUGUGUUGAGCCAAUGUUGUUCAAAACAAAAACAUAACAAUUAUGUUAGUUGUAUUAAUUAACUUAUACUGCAAAAAUAUGUGCUCCUUGCACACUGGAUAUAAUAUAUAAAAGUGGAUAGAAUAAUAGUUAAGAGUUUAAGCAUAAAAAACAAUAUCAUCAACACUUCAGCACUAAAUACACUACAAAAAUAAUAAAAGCUUAUUUAUAUAAUUUCUUAUUCUUCUCCUGAUUGUUCUUCCUUUUGAUUGGUAUCCAAUUAAUACAAAUUCUACAUUUACUCCUUUUUAAAUUUCUUCAUUCAAUUGAUUUUUGGAGACUCCAUCUGCCUCCUCUCUUCAGUUUAAAGUGUUAGAUGUAUUGAUCACUUUUUUACUCACAAAUAAUCUGGAUCAUGGUAUGAUCUUGAUGAAAAGGCAAAUUCAAUCGUUAUUCGCAAGCUUUCGACCUAUUUUAAGGCCACCAUCAGAGCAAAACAAUCUUGAAUAUGUUUACACAUUGACAUAUUUAAGUUUUUAAUAGAUGGUUUCAAAUUUCUUUGAUGACCGACUCAGUCCCUACAUUGCCAUAGAAUGUAACACUAUUGAUUU